AUGGCUAUUAUCACGGAAGGAAUGUAUCCAAUUUUCUUAAUUCUAGCUGAGAUAUUUGGUUUACUCAGCGUGAUCUUAGUGGGAUUAUUAUUUGAUGGUCGCAUCUAUACAGAUACAUAUAAUUGGCCAAAGAAUCCAUUUACUUAUCAUCCAUUAAUGAUGACACUUGGUUUGGUAUUUUGUUAUGGCAAUGCAAUUCUUAUAUAUCGAACAUUUCGAACAACACCGAAACUAUUUGUGAAAGUCGGCCAUGCUCUGUUUCUAAUUUUAUCAUUGGUGCUUGGUAUUUUUGGUUUUAUUGCUAUUAUACGAAGUAAAAAUCUUGGCAAACGAUCGCACUUUAUGACCUACCAUUCAUGGCUUGGUCUCACAACAUUGAUUCUCUUUGUUUUUCAAUGGAUUUGUGGUUUUGUUUGUUUCUUAUUUCCACAAAUGAGUUUAGAAAUUCGAAAAACGUACAUGCCAAGUCAUCGACUCGGGGGUAAAGUCAUCUUUAUGUCCGCUGUCAUAGCUGUGCUAACAGGUUUAUCUGAAUAUGGAAUGGGUUCAUCAUUUUUUACACCCAACGACAUUGAACGUCAGCGGCGUUUGAUCAUGAAUUUCUUCUGCGUGUUUACAAGCUUAUUCGCUUUGGUUGUUAUUUAUUUACUUUCAAAUCCUGAAUAUCAACGGCCACCAGAAGAACAUGCUGAAGACUAA